AUGGGCGCGAGCCUCCUGCAGGCGGUGGCGGCGCUGGUGAGCACGUGCACGCGGCGGCUGCAGCGGGCGGCGAGGAGGAUGGGCGCCGGCAACGGCAACGGCAAGCCGGCCGUGGCGCCGUGGAGGAAGGCCUUCUCGCUGCCGACGGGCAAGGGGAAGGCGGCGGGGCGGGAGGAGGAAGAGGGCGGGCUGUGGAGGAAGGAGAUACUCAUGGGCGAGCGCUGCCAGCCGCUGGAGUUCUCCGGGGUCAUCUACUACGACGCCGACGGACACCGCCUCGCGCAGCCGCCCCGGUCGCCCAUGCGCAGCCCGCUCCCGGCGUCCUUUAAGCUCGCUGCCAACGCCGGCGUCUGCUAG